AUGGCGACUUCAUCGGCUGCUUUUAGCACAGAAGAAAACCCACAUGACAGGUCCCAGAGCGAGGACUAUGUUCAAAUGGAGAACGCUUCGCAUGAACCCCCUGCCAAGCCCAAGAAGAAGCGUGGGAGGCCCAGGUUUGAGAUACAAGAUGGGUCCGCUGCAGAUCGCCGCCGUACGCAGAUCCGCGAGGCUCAAAGGGCCUAUCGGCAACGCAGAGAAGGCACCCUCGACGAGCUACGCAGGCGAGUUUCUGAGCUUUCGGACAUGAUGGAACUCAUGAACAAAGCCUUCAUGGAUUGUUUCGACCGGCUGACCGCCUCCGGCCUUUCCGCGAAGUCCAUGCAGGACAUACGAGAAACUUCAGCUCAGUUCAGGGCCUUCAUGAAGCGUGUACGAGAGCCUAGCGACCAAAGUGACCUGGAGACGGCUGAGAGUGUCGAGCGACCCCUCUCUACGCCUGCUGCUAACGGUGAUGCGAAAGCGUCUGAGAAUCCCAACUUCAUCCCGCUGGACAUUGCGAUGCUUGACACGAGUUUUGCGAACGGAGCUGAAGACGACAUGGCUGCGAAUUGGACCGAUUCAAGCCAAGAUAGCCAGGCUGUUGUCUCAUCAGCAUCACUGUACCGAACUUCGUUGGAGGCUACUUGUUCCAUGCCGCUCGAACUCAGCCCACCCGUGACGUACAGCUUCCAAGAAUCUACUUUCGGCCGGAGACUGCACAGGUCAUGUCUUGAACAAAGCUAUCAGUUAAUUCUGGAUCCGAACCAGAGACCGGGCGUAUACCAGCAGGUGUUUGAGCUUUCAUUAUUGCGGCGAGACAAGUCGAAUUUGACGUCGGCCUUGAAGACUUCGCUAAGCAGAGGAUCACAUGAGUGUUUGCACACUAGCAUUCCCGUCAUUCAUAUUGGUGGUGCCGGAACACAUUACCCCAGGCGAGAUGCAUUCGGGAACCUCCGACCUAAGAGAAAAGCGUAUAAUGUGGGUGUCAUUGGUCCUCAAAUGUUGGCGCUUCUGGAACACGCUGCCCACGAAAACCUAACGACAGAUAUGACGGUCGACCUUGUGGGAUACGAGGGAGAGUGGCUGGACGCAUAUGAUGUUGAAGGUUAUCUCAACGAGAAGGGCAUAUUCAUCGAUCCGAAUUCGUCGUUUGUGGAAAUAGAAGUACCUGCUUCUCGAUCAGCCGCAUCCAUCCCCUUGAGGGGUUUGACAGAGUCCUCGGAGAACAGUCUAUCAGAUGUGUCAGCAGACUCGUGGCUGGACUUCUUCCAGUCUACCGGGAACAUUAGUGAAGUGAGCGAAGCGCUGGGAUCAUCACAUGUGAGCUUACCGGCAGCUCAGGAGAAGAAGACUACCACAAUCGACGUAACUCGAUUUGUAAGCCUCUUGACGGCAUCCCGCGUCUGCCUGGGGUGGUGCCCUGGUUUCAAGCGACACGACGUCGAUCGAGCCUUGGCAAUGUCAUCGCUUGAUGCACUUUGA